UCUUUAAACCAAAUAUGAAGAAAAGACUCUCUAUUUUUUAAAGUGCUAACCGUAUUUAACGAACCGGUCCGGUUCCGGUUAACUGUGCGCACUUUAGCACUCCCUGCUCAGGAUAAGCGCUCCCUUCCUCUUCCUCGCCGGUUAUCUGUUUUUUUUCUUUUGUGUAUCGUGAAUCGUUCGAUAUUUGCGAAUGGCUGAGUUGACUCGGGCCGAGGUGUAUACGCCUCGGUCGAUGCAAGUAUGGAGGGCACUUUUGAAUUGGCUUGCUUUUUUCUUUCAGAUCUUCGCUCAGAUCAUCAGAGCCGUUGGUCAAUAUCCUUUGCUUUCUUCUUCGUCGACGACGGAGACGAAGACGACGACUUCGUCUUCUACGCACCGUUUUAAGCCCUUGCCGGUCGUUGACUCGGUCGAGAUCGAGUGUCCCUCUACAGUCGAGAUCGCUGCCGUUUUGGACUCACCCGCUCCCGUUGACGACGACCGAACCGAAAAACUCACCGUAGUUCUCGACUUGGAUGAAACUCUAGUAUGUGCGUAUGAGACAUCUAGUCUUCCACUGGCCCUUCGCAGUCAAGCAACGGAUGCCGGAUUGAAGUGGUUUGAACUUGAAUGUGUAUCUUCAGACAAGGAAUUCGAAGGGAAACCUAAGAUCAGUUACGUUACAGUGUUUGAGCGCCCGGGAUUGCAAGAAUUCUUGAAUCAACUAAGUGAAUUUGCUGAACUUGUUCUAUUCACUGCUGGCCUUGAAGGCUAUGCUAGACCACUUGUUGACAGAAUUGAUGCGGAAAAUCGAUUUAGUCAUCGACUUUAUAGGCCUUCUACAAUUUGUACUGAGUUUCGAGAACAUGUGAAAGACCUCUCCUGCUUAUCGAAAAAUUUAUGCCGAACCGUUAUCGUAGACAACAAUCCCUUUAGUUUCUUGUUGCAACCACUAAACGGGAUCCCAUGCAUUCCAUUUUCUGCGGGGCAACCACAUGAUACACAGCUUCUGGAUGUCCUCCUUCCACUUCUCAAGCACCUUUCUCUACAGAAAGACGUGAGACCUUUUCUUUAUGAUCGGUUCCACAUGCCCGAAUGGUUUCAAAAGCAAGGGAUCCCUUCUUCUAGUUGGUCAGCUUAGGAAGAAAGAGAUUCAUUACAUGUACUUUCCGUUACCGAUCUCUGUCCAAAGGUAUCAUAAAUUUUACAGAUAGCAUCCGAAUUCCAUCGAUCAACGCCAACGAUGUUUUGCAAAUGGAUUAAUGCAAUGCUAUCUCUUAUUCUAUUAGGUAAAUCAUUUAUGUAUUUAGAUCCACCUAAAAAAGAAUUGUUCAUUCUUAGUGUAACUUUGUUUAUAGGCUUGCAAUCUUGUUUGAAUGUUUUAUGUAUCUUUCAGAAUUUUGUAAAUUUUCUCCUCAAAUCAAUUAUUAUUUUUAGCUUUAA